AUGACCUCUGAAAACAUUAUAGUUGGUGUGUCCAACUUGCCCAAUCAGCGCUUCAAAAUAGUGUCCGAACAAGGUGGAACGUUCACGUUAAUGGUGUGUGGUGAAUCAGGUCUGGGAAAGACUACUUUUAUCAACACAUUAUUCCAAACAACUCUUAAACAUGCGGAUCCACAUCAACGUCGCAACCAGCCUAUCAAGAGAACUGUAGAAAUCGAUGUUUUGCGUGCCAUUCUUGAAGAAAAGAAUUUCUCUCUAAGAGUCAAUGUUAUCGAUACGCCUGGUUUUGGCGAUAACGUCAACAAUAACAAGUCGUGGCAAACAAUUGUGGAUUUCAUCGACGAACAGCAUGAUUCUUACAUGCGUCAGGAACAACAACCACAUCGUGACGUGAAAUUUGAUCUCAGAGUUCACGCGGUAUUGUAUUUCAUUAGACCCACAGGACACGGUCUCAAACCGCUCGAUAUCGAGACAAUGAAGCGUAUUUCCACGCGUGCCAAUUUGAUCCCUGUGAUUGCGAAAUCCGAUACUUUGACUGCCAAAGAACUGCAAGAAUUUAAGCUACGGAUUAGACAAGUGGUGGAGGCCCAAGAUAUCCGCAUUUUCACACCUCCAUUGGACGAAUCAGAAUCUCCUGAUCCUGCAGUCAUGGAACACGCCCGGCAGCUAAUUGAAUCGAUGCCAUUUGCAGUAGUCGGCUCAGAGACCAAGUUUGACAAUGGCCAAGGAACUUUGGUCCCGGCAAGAAAAUACCCAUGGGGGAUUGUUGAAGUCGAGAAUGACAAUCACUGUGAUUUCCGCAAACUGAGAAGUUUGUUGUUGAGAACAAACUUGCUAGAUUUGAUACUUUCCACGGAAGAACUCCAUUACGAAGCAUACAGGAAGCUACGCCUGGAAGGUUCUGGUGCUACUGAUGACCAGUCUGUGCCAGUGCGUGCACCUGCAAGAAAGCUGUCACACAAUCCACAAUUCAAAGAAGAGGAAAAUGCCUUAAAGAAAUAUUUCACCGACCAAGUCAAGGCAGAGGAGCAAAGGUUUAGACAAUGGGAACAAAACAUCGUGAAUGAGAGAAUCAGAUUGAACGGCGAUCUGGAAGAUGUGCAGACAAAGGUGAAGAAAUUGGAAGAACAAGUGAGAUCUUUGCAAUUGAAACGGCAUUGA